AGCAAGCUUGAGUCUUGAGUCUUGAAUCGCCGAAGGUGAAGGUGAUCAGAGAAGGAAGAAGGUUUGCUGGAGGAGGUGGUUGUGUUGUUAAAAACCAAAUUAAGAAAGGGCUGGAAGCAAGCUUUAGUCUUCAGUCUUGAGUGUUGAAUUGCGCAGGGUGAGAGAAGGAAGAAGGUUUGCUGGAGGAGGUGGUUGUGUUGUUAAAAACCAAAUUAAGAAAGGAGUACUGGCAAUGGAAUUUCUGACUACUAUCGUAGUAGAAAUUGGAAAAUACUUGUUACAACCCGUGUUACGACCGGUUGAGCGCCGUGUUGGGUAUCUGGUUCACUGCAAGGAAAACACUGAGCAGCUCAAGAACCAAGUAGAAAAGCUGAAGACUGUCAGAGAAUCAGUUCAACAAUUAAUUGAUCAAGCAGAGUCGAGGGGAGAGGAUAUCCUAAUUGAUGUCACGAAUUGGAUGGGAACUGUGGAUUCUGUUAUCAAUGAAGCAAAUGGGUUGGUUGAUAACAGUAAUGUGGACUCACGUUGUUUUAUUGGGUUGUGUCCUCACUGCUGUUCGCGUUACCAGUUAAGUAAGAAGGCAGCAGAGAUGAUGAAUGGUGUUAAUGAUCUUCAAGAAAUUGGGGGGUGCUUCAAUGUUGUUUCUCAUCCAUUGUCGCCUCCACCUAUAGAAGCUCUGUGUGAAGGAGAUUUCAAUGUUUUUGAAUCCACACGACAAGUAAUGGAGAAAGUCAUGAAUGCAUUGAGAGAUCAGAGCAUCAACUUCAUCGGGCUUUAUGGGAUGGGGGGUGUCGGCAAGACAACCCUGGUAAAGGAAGUUGGGAAGCGAGUGCAGAACGAGGAGAAAAUCUUCAACAAGGUUGUGAUGGCAGCUGUGUCUCAAAAUCCAGUCCUGAGAAAUAUCCAAGAUGACAUUGCUAGCAUGUUAGACCUGAAUUUUGAUCCCAUUGAGAACGAAAAAAGAAGAGCAUGGAAAUUGUCUGAGAGAAUAAAGAAAGAGAAUACAAUUCUUGUAAUCUUGGACGAUGUUUGGGAGAGACUGGAGUUGGGAGAUGUGGGAAUUCCGCACGGCGACAACCACAAAGGUUGCAAAAUCACCCUCACUACCAGAAGAGAACAAGUCUGUCGAGCAAUGGAGGUCCAAGAGCGUAUCCUACUUGKCACCUUAUGCGAGCAGGAUGCGUGGAGCUUGUUCAAGAGUAAAGCUGGUUCUGUUGUGGAUGAUGACAAUUUGCGUCAUGUGGCGAGGGAAGUUGCUAAAGAGUGUGGUGGGUUGCCCAUCGCACUGGUAACAAUUGCGAGGGCACUGAGAAAUGAGAAGGAGCUACAAGCCUGGAAAGACACAGUGACAACCCUCCGAAAGAAUGAACCCAACAGAAUCGAGGGAGUAGAUAAGAAGGUGAUCUCUUGUAUAAGGUUGAGCUAUGAUUAUCUAAACRAUAGGGAGGCGCAAUGGCUAUUCUUGUUUUGCAGCUUGUUUCCUGAAGAUUACAACAUUGAAAUAGAGCAGAUGGCCAGAUAUGUUUUUGGGUUGGGAUGUUUCGAAAAUGUCGACACAAUAGAAGAUGCAAGAUGUAGAGUGCGGAUGGUGUCAAGAAACAGAAAACAUCUUCUCUGUUGUUAGAUGGGUUUGUAUCAUCA